AUGACGUCUUUCUUGCCUCUAGUAACUCUUGUUUGCCUUCUGUUUUAUUUUGCACAGGCCAAUGAUCAGGACAACAACAUCGUUCAUGGGAGCUGCAAAAGAGCUGCUGACGGCGAUCCAAACAUAAGCUACGAAUUCUGUGUCGCGUGCUUUGAAGCCGACCGGAUGAGCCAACCUGCAAAUGUUGAAGAUCUCGCUCUCAUCUCCAUCAACCUCACCAUCUCAAAUGCCACCAAGGUCAGUUCCUGCAUAUCGAAACUCCUCCAGAACAAGACACUUGACCAUUUCGCUAGAGACUGCUUGACAACGUGCUUGGAGCUGUACUCCGAUGCGUAUUCUACAUUGAGAGGCGUUGUGGAUGAUCUUGGUUCGAGAGAUUAUUACAAAGCUAAUGUGGAUGUAAGUGCAGCGAUGGAUGCCGCGGUCACUUGUGAAGAUGGGUUUAAAGAGAGGGAAGGUCUAGUGUCUCCUUUGACCAAAGAGAACGACAUGUUUUUCCAAUUGAAUGCGAUUUCCCUCGCUUUCAUCAAAAUGCUACAUUGA